UCCACCCCUCCCCCGCCCGUCACAGGUGUCGCAAACCGGUGAAUGGAGAGGGAGUUGGGGGCAGUGGGAGGAGGAAGGAAAGAAAGGUAUUAGCAAGUCAGGACGGUGCUGCAAGGAGUUUCUGGUGGUGGUGGCCGCUGGAGCCAGUAGCCAGAAGCUGGGCCUCAGGUAGACCGCACAAAGGAGAGAGAAGGCAGGGGGAUAUUAAAUCGAAGUUGCCGGUACUUCUGUUGCCCAGGCCUGUGGAGAAGGUGGCGAUAGAGUCUUCUCUUCCUAAGCGAGGGAGAAGAUGGAUCCCAAUCGGAUCAUCCAGGCGCUGAAAGGCACCAUAGAUCCCAAACUGCGAAUAGCGGCUGAAAAUGAGCUCAACCAGUCCUACAAGAUUAUCAAUUUUGCUCCGAGUCUACUUCAGAUUAUAGUCUCAGACCAAGUUGAAUUCCCAGUACGUCAAGCAGCUGCCAUUUACCUGAAGAACAUGGUGACGCAGUACUGGCCAGAUCGAGAACCCCCACCUGGAGAAGCAAUAUUUCCAUUCAACAUUCAUGAAAAUGAUCGCCAGCAGAUUCGAGAUAACAUUGUGGAAGGAAUAAUUCAGUCUCCAGAUUUAGUGAGGGUCCAGUUAACAAUGUGUCUCCGUGCCAUCAUUAAGCAUGAUUUUCCAGGUCACUGGACUGCUGUGGUAGACAAGAUAGGCUAUUACUUACAAUCUCAAAGCAGUGGAAGCUGGCUUGGGAGCUUAUUAUGUCUAUAUCAGCUUGUGAAGACAUAUGAAUACAAGAAAUCAGAGGAAAGAGAACCUCUUAUAGCAGCAAUGCAAGUAUUUUUGCCUCGAAUUCAGCAGCAAAUUAUACAGCUUCUUCCUGAUCCAUCCCAUUACUCUGUACUUCUUCAGAAGCAGAUUCUGAAAAUUUUCUAUGCACUUGUUCAGUAUGCAUUACCACUUCAAUUGGUGAACAAUCAAACAAUGAUGCAUUGGAUGGAGAUAUUUCGCACUAUUAUUGAUAGAAUAGUUCCCCCUGAGACUUUACAGAUUGAUGAAGAUGAUAGACCAGAAUUGGUAUGGUGGAAAUGUAAGAAGUGGGCAUUACACAUUGUAGCUCGUCUUUUUGAACGAUAUGGAAGCCCAGGAAAUGUGACCAAGGAAUAUUUUGAAUUUUCAGAAUUCUUUCUGAAAACUUAUGCAGUAGGAAUCCAGCAGGUACUUUUAAAAAUUUUAAACCAGUAUAGACAGAAAGAAUAUGUAGCUCCACGUGUUCUUCAGCAAACAUUAAACUAUCUUAAUCAAGGGAUAAUUCAUUCUAUUACUUGGAAACAGAUGAAGCCACAUAUACAGAAUAUAUGUGAAGAUGUGAUUUUCACUGUGAUGUGUUAUAAAGAUGAGGAUGAAGAACUAUGGCAAGAGGAUCCAUAUGAAUAUAUACGAAUGAAGUUUGAUGUUUUUGAAGAUUAUGCAUCCCCAACAACAGCAGCUCAGAAUCUGUUAUAUACUGCAGCAAAGAAAAGAAAAGAGGUGUUACCCAAAAUGAUGUCAUUCUGUUAUCAAAUCCUUACAGAACCAAACUUUGACCCCAGGAAGAAAGAUGGAGCAUUGCAUGUAAUAGGUUCCCUAGCUGAUAUUUUAUUGAAGAAGAGUAUGUUCAAGGACCAAAUGGAAUUAAUGCUGCAGAAUCAUGUAUUUCCAUUGUUUUUGUCUAACCUGGGAUACCUCAGAGCAAGAUCCUGUUGGGUUCUUCAUUCAUUUAGUACUUUGAUAUUUCAUAAUGAGCUCAAUCUAAGAAAUGCAGUUGAACUAACAAAAAAGAGCCUCAUUGAAGAUAAGGAGAUGCCUGUCAAGGUAGAGGCUGCAGUUGCUCUUCAGUCAUUAAUUUGUAACCAGGAACAAGCCAAAGAAUAUAUGAAGCCACAUGUGAGGCCUGUCAUGCAAGAACUAUUACACAUUGUUAGAGAGACAGAAAAUGACGAUGUUACCAAUGUCAUCCAAAAGAUGAUCUGUGAGUACAGUCAAGAGGUGGCUACUUUCGCUGUGGACAUGACCCAGCAUUUGGCUGAGAUAUUUGUCAAAGUUCUUCAUAGUGAUGAAUAUGAAGAAGUAGAGGACAAAACGGUUAUGGCUAUGGGAAUUUUACAUACUAUCGACACUAUUUUGACAGUUGUGGAAGAUCAUAAAGAGAUAACUCAGCAGUUGGAGUGCAUUUGUCUUCGGAUCAUUGGUCUUGUUUUGCAAAAGCAUGUGAUAGAAUUUUAUGAAGAAAUUCUCUCAUUGGCAUAUAGUUUGACUUGUCAAAUGAUUUCACCUCAAAUGUGGCAGCUGUUAGGUGUAUUGUUUGAAGUUUUUCAGCAGGAUUGCUUUGAAUAUUUUGCAGACAUGAUGCCUCUCUUGCACAAUUAUGUUACUAUAGAUACGAUUACUUUAUUAUCCAAUCCCAAGUAUCUAGAGAUAAUUUACACAAUGUGUAGAAAGGUAUUGACUGGAGAUGCAGGAGAAGAUGCAGAAUGUCAUGCAGCCAAACUGUUGGAAGUAAUUAUUCUUCAGUGCAGAGGAAGAGGAAUUGAUCAGUGCAUUCCACUGUUUGUAGAAGUUGUGUUGGAAAGAUUAACCAGAGGGGUUAAAACAAGUGAACUCCGUACCAUGUGUCUUCAAGUUGCUAUUGCUGCCUUGUACUACAAUCCUGAUCUCCUUUUGCAUACCUUAGAAAGCCUUCAUUUUCCACAUAAUCCUGGACCUAUAACUGCGCAGUUUAUAAAUCAGUGGAUGAAUGAUACUGAUUGUUUUCUUGGGCAUCAUGACAGGAAGAUGUGUAUUAUAGGUCUGAGCAUCUUGCUGGAAUUACAAAAUCGACCUCCUGCAGUAGAUGCUGUGGCUGGACAAAUUGUUCCUUCAAUUCUUUUUCUUUUCUUGGGCCUCAAACAAGUCUGUACUACUAGACAGCUUACAGACCAAAGAUAUCAUUCUAAAGAAGAAAAGGCAGAUGUAGAAGAUAAUGAGGAAAUUCCAAGUGAUGAGGAAGAUUCAAAUGAAACUAGUCAAACAAUGCAUGAGAAUAAUGGAGGAGGAGAUGAAGAUGAAGAAGAUGAUGAUUGGGAUGAAGAUGUUUUAGAAGAAACGGCUCUUGAAGGAUUCAGCACUCCACUUGAUCUUGAAGAUAGUGUCGAUGAAUAUCAGUUUUUUACACAGGCUCUGUUAAAUGUGCAACAACGGGAUGCUUCCUGGUACCAUUUGUUGACAGCACCACUAAGUGAAGAACAGAAGAAAGCAUUACAGGAAAUUUACACAUUGGCCGAACACCGGAGAAAUGCUGCAGAGACAAAGAAGAUUGAACAAGGAGCCUUCACCUUUGAUAAUAAAGGCAUCCUUUCAGCAUUUAACUUUGGGACUAUACCUAGCAACAAUUGAAGAAAAAAUUCAAGGACUGAAUUUCAUCAUUAGAUUUUAUUUCAAGUGGUUAUUGACUUUUGAGGGUUAAGGGGAAGAAUUUAGAAUUUUCCUAAGUGUCUUGCUCUACCAGUUUCCUUAAGCAGCACUUUUAUCUCCUUGCCCUGAUCCUGGUAUUUUAAACAGCCACAGUAAUGUAUGAAAUUAAAAAAGAAAAAUGUUGGACUUAAAAAACCAACGAUAUACUCCAAAGGGUGAUUGACUGAAGUAGAUUUGAAUCAAAUUGCACUUCUCAGGUUUUUGCCAUGCAGAAUUGUUUGAUUUAUACCUGGAUAACAGUGCCUUCUGUUGUACAUGGAUUGCCUGGAAAAAAAAAAAAAAAAGCAAAAACAAAACAUGGAGUGCAUUGCAGUUUUUUAAUCAUAUAUUAUAUGACUUGGUUAUGUGUUUUCCUGUUCUGCAUUUUACUACAUGAAUUUAUUAUUUGAUGUUUAGUUAUAAUUCACUUUGGUUUUAAAAACAUAAUUGCUACCCCUCUCAAGAGAUAUCUCUGGGAAAUUUCUUCAGGAUUUGUAAAAUAUGCAUGGCACUGAUAAAAGUUUCAUUUGUGAAAAUGUUUAUAUGUUUCUUUUUGAAGACUAUUACAUAAUUUCCUCUACACUUGCCUCUCCUUAAACCCUCUUCUGUUUCAAAGGAUUUAAGAUUUUUCUUUCAGGGAUAGUCAAUCUGAGAAUUAUCCUAGUACCUUCAGGACCCAACAUCUUACUGGCAGAAAGUAGUAACACUUAUGAGCAAGUGUUGUGAACAGUAAAGGAGCUGUGUAUAUAGUCGUGUGAUUUUAAUUAUAUUAAUUUGUUGCUAUAUUUAAAGCACAUUGAAAUCCCAGAAGAAAUGUAUGCUAUUUGGGCAUGCCAUCUUUCUGGGUAUGAGGCAUUUCUUUAAAAAAAAAAAAUCCAAUAUAAUUCCAGCUGUAUUUUGAGAGCAAGUAGGGUCCAAAACAUAUUGAAAUAACUUUUUAACUAAGACACAAAAAAGCCAGAAAAUUAUCUCAGCUUUCUUUCCUAUUUCUCCUUUUCUCACAUCUCCUUUUCUUUAGUCCUUUUAAUUCCAACCUUCUAACUCCAUAUGUCCCAAAUAUCAACUUGUUUUUUGUAACCUAGUUUAUGAGUGUUCAUUUUUUUCUGGAGUUGACUGUAUUGGUCAGCUGUAUUCUUAUGUUCUAACAUAUGUAUAUUCCAUAGAGAAAAGUACAAGUGGGUCUUAUAUCCAUAGUAGUUUUUCUAUAUGUGUUAAAGACACCAGAACAUUAUUUCCAUCACAAUUUAGUUCUGGUUAGUACUAUAAAGAUUUUUCAUUCAUUGAAAUGGAAAUUCUUGUUUGACUACUAUUUUGAGAACUUAAAAUCUCAAUCUGAAUUCUAAUUGUAUUAUUCUCUAUGUGAAAAAAGUUUGUUUCUCUGAGUGGGAAACAUUUGUUUUCUCAUCAGUUUUUGAGGGUAUUUUUUCCUGGAUUACUAUUAUUUUUGAAUACAACCUUUUUGGCAUUUUAGAUUUUAAAAAAUCUGUUAUUCUAGAGUCAUGGACAGAAAUGUCUUGAAGAUAGUAUACUGAGAUUUAAAUGACCCUCAUAUCCUCAGCCCUUCUCUAUUCAAGGGAUUAAAGCAAAUGUUUCUGCUCACAAGAAAUAAACAUAAAUUAUUUCAUAUCAUUUAUAAGGGGUCUCCAUUAGUGAUAUUUUUAAAGAUUUCUUAUUGUGCUUUGAUUCCUUUCCCCAUUCCACUGAUUUCCAACAAUACAGUUCUCUUUUAAUAUAAAUAUAAUUUCAUGAAUUAACAAAACAAACAAGAGAUUUCAGAAUUUUCUUGUGCUGUAUUUUCUCUAUACUAUGAUAAAAGGAGAUGUGUGUAAAUGUGCAUCACCUUAUCUUGUUUUUGAAGCCAGGGUAGUUGUGGAACUUAAAUCUAAUAGUGCUGAAUUCGUUGUCAUCCAGUUAUCCUUAGAAAUAUAUAAACCUAUGAAUGUACUGUAAAAUAAAAUGAAGGCUGAUAACCAGAAAUCUUUUUCUACAUGAAGCAUUUUCUUAAAUGUGGAGGUAAUCUAGCUAGAUUCUUAAAAGUCCAUUACUUAUAAAAUUCUAGCUUGUUUUUCUAUAGGCAUAGCUUUGGGAAUAGAAUAUUGUACUUGGGAUUAGGAAGAGUUCAAAUUCAGAUUGUGCUUUUGACUCUCACUAGUUUAGAGCAUAUCACUUAAUCUUUUUUUAUUUUUAUUUUUAUUUUAGCUUUUUAUUUACAAAACAUAUGCAUGGAUAAUUUUUCAGCAUUGACCCUUGCUUUUAAAACCUUCUGUUCCAACUUUUUCCCCUCCUUCCCCUCACCCCCUCCCGUAGAGGGCAGAAAGACCAGUAUAUGUUAAAUAUGUUAAAGUAUAUGUUAAAUACAGUCUAUCUAUCUAUCUGUCUUUCUAUUUAUCUAUCCAUCUAUCUGUCUAUACAUAUUUAUACAGUUAUCUUGCUGCACAAGAAAAAUCAGAUUUAGAAAUAAGAUAAAAAUAACCUGAGAAGGAAAACAAAAAUGCACGUGGGCAAUAACAAAAGGAGUGGAAAUGCUAUAUUGUGGUCCACACUCAUUUCCCAUAGUUCUUUUGCUGGGUAGUUGGUUCUUUUCAUUACUGAACAGUUGGAACUGAUUUGAUUCAUCUCAUUGUUGAAGAGAGUCACGUCUAUCAGAAUUGUACAUCACUUAAUCUUUUAGAACCUCAGUUUACUUAUCUGAAAAGUGAACAAUAGCUAGAAUAACUAUAUGAAAGGAAUACUGUGAGCCUCAAAUGAAAAAAAAUGUAAAGUAUUUUGCAAACUUUAAAGUCCUGUAAAAAAAUCAUUUAGUAUUAGCUCAUUUCUAAAUUUUGUUUUUUUGAAUGUUUUUUUUCCAACUAUAUGUAAAAACAAUUUUUAACAUUUUUUUAAAGUCAAGCCCCAGUUCUUUCCCUUCCCUCCUUUCCCUGACCCUUUCCUGAGAUGGCAAUUUGAUAUAAGUUAUAUAUGUAGAAUCAUGUAAAACUUGUUUCCAUAUUGAUCAUAUUGUGAAAAAUAAAUCACAAAACAAACAAAAACCCAAUCCAUAAAAAAAUAAGAGAAUUAGAAAAAUUGGGAGCCUACCAGAUCCCAUAACAAAAAUAAAGAGAAAAAUAUUAUGCAUUCAGGCCCCAUCAAUUCUUUCUCUGUAGUUGUAGAUAGCAUUUUUCAUCAUGGAUCCUUUGGAAUUGUUUUGGGUCUUAUUACUUGAGAAUAGCGAAGUCAUUCACAGUUGAUCAUCAUACAAUAUUAUUAUUGUCUAUGAUGAUCUGGUUCUGCUCAUUCGAACUGCAUCAGUUCAUGUAAUUGCAAAUUUCCUGAAAGCAUCCAAUUUAUCAUUUCUUAUGAAAUAAUGGUAUUGUGUUAACAAUCACAAAUUAUAACUUGCUCAACUGUUUUCAAAUUUAUGACCAUUCCCUCAAUUUCCAAUUUUUUUCCACCACAAAAAGAGCUAUUACAUUUUUUUUUUUUUUGGUACAGAUCCUUUUUCUUUUUCUUUUUUAAUCUUUUUGAGAUACCAAAUAUUGCUGGGUCAAAGGGUUUUAUACAGUUUUGCAAUCUUUUGAGCAUAGUUACAAAUUGCCCUCCAGAGUAGUUCAGUUCCACCAACAAUAAAUUAGUGUCCCAAUUUCCCCACUUUCUCUCCAAUAUUUAUCAUUUUCCUUUUCUGUCAUAUUAGACAAUCUGAUAGUUGUAAAGUGGUAGCUUAAGAAUUGUUUUAAUUUGCAUUUUUCUAAUAAAUAUUGAUUUAGAGCAUUUUUUUCAGCUACAAAGAUAGCUAUAACAUUCUUCUGAAAACUGUCUGUUCAUAUGCUUUGACCAUUUAUGAAAUUGUAUUCUUAUAAAUUGGACUCAAUUCUUUUAAUUAUUUGAGAAAUAUGGCCUUUAUUAGAGAUGAUGAAAAAUUCUCUCUUUUCCUCUCCCUCAUUUACUGCUUUCUUUCCAAUCCCCCGGUUGUAUCAGUUUUGUUUGUGCAAAACCUUUAUUUAAUGUACUCAAAAUCAUCCAUUUUACAUCUUAUAAUUCUUUGUAUCUUUUGUUUUGUUCCAAAUUCUUUUCUAAGCAAUAGAUUCCACAAGUAAACUAUUCCAUGUUUGCUUUGUUUACUUACGGUGUCACCUUAAUUUCUAAAACAUGCACCCAUUUUUCAUCUUAUCUUGAUAUGUUGUGUGAGAUGUUAAUCUAUCCUUAACUUCUGCUAGUUUUCCCAAUAAUUUUUGUCUAUUUUGUCCCAAAAGAUUGGAUCUUUGAAUAUAUCGAACACUUUGGUCAUUUACUACUGUGUAUUGUGUACUUCAUCCAGUACACUGUUUUAAUACACUAUUUUUUAGCUAGUAUCAGAUUGUUUUUCAUGAUUAUUACUUUAUAAUACAGUUUGAAAUCUGGUAGAUCUAGUAUAUAGUCCUGUGCAUUUUUUUCCUCAUUUAUUCCUGUGAUAUUCUUUACCUUUUUUUUCUCCCAGAUGAAUUUUUGCUGUUUUUUCUGAUUCCAUGAAAUAGUUUGAUCAAUAUGUUACUGAAUAAAUAAAUUAAUUUAGAUAGAAUUAUCAUUUUUAUUGUAUUAAGCUCAGUCUUCUCAUGAGCAGUUUAUAUUUUUCUGUUUAGAUCUGGCUUUGUGUAAAAACUGUUUUGUAAUUGUGUUCAUAGAGUUAUAGGGUUUGUUUUGGCAGGGAAGCUCCCAGGUAGUUUACAUUGUUUGCAGAUAUUUGUUUUUUAAAAGCUUUUUUUUCAUCUAUUGAGAUUAUCAUAUGAUUUCUGUUUGUUUUGUUAUGAUAUGGUCAAUUAUGUGUAAUUUUCCUAAUAUUGUACUAGGCUUAUAAUUCCUGGUAUAAAUCCUAUGUGGUCACAGUGUAUGAUCUUUGCAAUAUAUUAAUGUGCUCUCCUUUCUAGCAUUUAAUUUAAAAUUUUUGCUUCAGUGUUGAUUAAGGAACUUGAUCUCUAGUUUUCUUUCUCUGUUUUAGCUUUUCCUGAUUUAGUUAUCAGCAUCAUAUUUCUGUCAUAAAAUAAAUUUGAUGAGACUA